GGGCAAACAAGCGAAAGCGGAACGCAUUGUGUGAAUUUGGUUCAUUGUGUGUUUAUCUUGCUGGUGACAGGGCGAGAUGUGCGUGGGUGGAAGGCAAUCGCCACAGCAGAAGUAAGAUACGUUUCCGCGUUCCGAGGCAAAAUGGUGUACUUCACGGAGCCCGGUAAUUCACAUAUGUCAAUUGCGAAAAAGGCCACUGGAAUAGCGUUCGAGCAGGGCAUUCGCAACGGAAUCAUUGGUUAACGCAGCUGUAUAAAUAACGGAGUCGAACACGAGCCUCGAAAACGCUUGCAGCUUGCUUAUUUCAGUAGUACGUCAUGUGUUGUACAAAAACUGCUUUACAGUUGAAGACACGUUAUGAGAUAUCAUCUGGGUACACUGCUCCACGGUACUCGGAAUACUGCACACAAACCGUCAAAAUCGUUUUUGUUUACAAUCUGCUACCAAAGUGGUUCUCUCCGUUUUUCUUGUCCGUGUUAAUACGUGUAAAAAUGAACAAAGGAGAUUACUUCAACGUUGUGCAAACAUUAGAGGCAGGGACUCCGAUGCUGUCGGUGGUUCCGCAUCAAUGGAUAGAAGGGAAGUUUCUGUUAUGGCCUGGGAAGAAUGCUAGCGUUAUAUGUAAAGAUGUUUCUUCGAAACCUACUGCUUCUUGGACAAAAAUUCCCUGUAUAGUUAAGAGGAAGUACAUUCCAACAUACGCUGAAGCGGAACAGGAGGCCGCUGAUUUAUCGGGAAUGUCCACAGAUGUAUCAGACUACAUACCGAAGAUAAAACAUGCAAAAAACGCCAAGACUGUUGCAUCCAGAAAGAGUUAUGAUUUUAAUCACCUCAUGGGUAAAUCCGGCUCAUGCUCUCCAUAUUUUCAUCAAGAUGCAUCCACACAAAAUCAACUAAAUCCUCCAGCUGCUGUCUCUCAGCCAUUAGACAGGCUUCGCCUCCAAUCUGAACCUACAAAACCGCCGCAGGACUUUCAAGAAGAAGUGAACCGACGAUCUUCUCAACAAUAUCAACAACCUCAGCCAAUCUUCGAAGUUAUCAAUCAAGAUAACCUUUUGCAGCAGAGCGCAAUGGAAGACAACCUUAUUUCCGGAGGAUACGUGCUGAAUAUUGAGCAGCCUGUGAUUAAUGACGAUAUAAUCGUACAGAAGAUUUCAAAAAAAAUUGAAGACGAAUGCAAGAAAACUAAAAACGAAAUGAUCAGUACGUUUGAAUCUAUGCUGGCGAAGACUGUAGCCGCAUUGAAAAGCGAUUUUGAUAUGAAAUUGGCAGCCGCGUUCCGUCUUCGAGAGAACCAGGAUAGAGUAUGUCAUGAAACGAAAUUGGCGAAACCUUUAUCAACAAUUUUGUCAUCUUCAUGCAAAAAAUCAUUGGUCAUACUGGAGACAACUGUAAUGGAUAUAACACAUGUUACUCUUUGAUUGACCAAUUCUUCGACCGCAAGAUCAUGUUGCAUUGCUCGUGGAGUGGGGGUAGCAAGAGCGAUACCCCUAAAUUUGCAAUAAAAGAAUGCAAAAACAUCCUGAACGUAUUUUUUAGAAUUGUUCAUAAUGUGAAUCCCAACUUUUCUAAAAAAUUGCUGGAGGAUUUUUUUAAACAAGUUUUGCGGAAUUCGAAAGCACGGAGUCAAGCAAAAGGCUUGCGUCAGUCAUCGAUCCAUCGCCGUGGCAAGCGGAUGGCGGAAAGGUCCAUUAAAAGUAAGAUGACUUUGCUUUUACAACUUGUGUCUAUAAUAAUUUAUUGAAUACUUUUUAGGUUCAAGCGAUCUUGAUAAAUCCAGCCUAUCAGAAGGCCAUUAUCCUAGUACAAAUAGAACAAAAGAAGAAAACGUCGAACAGGAAUCUGGGAACGUGAAAUAUGAAGAUGAUGGAGACACUGAUGACAACAAUUAUGGUGACGAUGAAAAUGACGGCAACGAUGAUAGUGAAGUUGACUGAUGACAAGAUGACAAGGAUAUCGCUUCUCGGCCUAAAGGCUAAGAUCAAAGAAAAGAUGACAAGGAUGAAAAUAAAGAAUAUAACGCUGCACGUUACGAACUGCCUAGGUAUUUUAUUUCUUUCCAUAAUUUACAUAUUAUUUGAAGCGCUUUUUUUAUUUAUCGUACAUAUAUAUAACUGUUUUUCCUUGUUUUAUGUAAUAAAAAUGUUUGCAGACUGUCUCACGAAAAAGUAUAUGAAUGUAAUAAGAUUGUGAUUUUUGAUAUAUUUCAUGAUAUUAUCCUGCACAAAUUGUAUGGAGAAGUGGAAGUAAUACAAUGGUGUUUUGUGUGUAAGGAACCGCUACGAAUUUGCAAGUAAUAUCGUUUAUGUUAUAUGUUUUACCUGAUUUCAAAAAUAAUUUUACUAGAAAAAUAUACAAAUAUGAUGAACGA